AUGGGUACGAAGAAAUGCGGGUGUCCCUUUGAGUUAAGGGCUCGUAAGUUGAUGGUUGAUGAUGAUUGGAUGGUAGAUGUAGCAUGUGGAAUGCAUAGCCAUGCUCCUACAAAACAUUUUGAAGGACAUUCAUUUGCAGGGAGAUUAUCUAAGGAGGAAAAAUCAUUAUUAGUGGAUAUGUCCAAAAGCAUGGUCAGACCGAAAGAGAUUUUGGAUACAUUGAAACGAAAGGAUACUUUGAAUGUAACCACUAUGAAAACCAUUUACAAUGUAUGCCAUAAGAAUAAUGUUAUUGAGAAAGUUGGGAGAUCACAAAUGCAACAUUUGUUGGGUGAGCUAGAAAAGCAUAAUUACAUUGAGCGACAUAGGUGUGACAACAACACGAUGACUGUCACAGACUUGUUUUGGGCACAUCUUGUCAGUUUAGAUUUGCUCUGUUCAUUUCUAAAGGUGUUGAUCAUGGACUUCACAUAUAAGACAAAUCAAUAUCGUUUUCCUUUUCUUGAGAUAGUUGGUGUGACAUCCACUGAUAUGUCAUUCUCCGUAGCCUUUGCAUAUCUCCAAUUUGAGCGGAUUGAUAAUUACGUUUGGAUGUUAACUACAUUGCGUAGUCUCUUGGAUGACAUUGCUAUUCUUGAGGUGAUUGUUACGGACAGGGAGCUUGCUUUGAUGAAUGCUAUUGACAGGGUAUUUUCUACAUCUCGACAUUUAUUAUGCCGAUGGCAUAUUAGUAGAAAUAUACUGGCGAAAUGCAAGAAAAUGUUUAAGAGAAAGGACGAAUGGGACAAGUUUAUCUCUUUAUGGAAUUUCUUAGUACUCUCCUCAACUGAGCUUAAAUACAAUGAACACCUUGCUAGGCUACUUGCAGAUUUUGAUACAUAUCCUGAGGCACUGCAAUAUGUGUCACAAAGUUGGUUAAUUCCAUAUAAGGAUAAUGUACACAGGGCUGAAAGUGCACAUGCAAAACUAAAACGGCAACUUGGUUUUAACCAAGUAAAUUUUGAGUGUUCUUGGACCAAGAUCCAUAGUUUGCUUGAGUUGCAACAUAUUGAUAUUAAGGCAUCGUUUGAGAAGAGUUUAACCGUUGAACAACACCAGUUCAAACCAUCCCAUUUUAGAGAGCUCCGAGACAAUUUCUCUAUUACUGCAUUAAAUCAUGUCUUAGCGGAGAGUAAGCGAGCGAAUGAUGUUGGCAUUGAUGGUUCAGUAUGUGGAUGUGCUGUUCGACGAAUACACGGGUUACCGUGUGUCCAUGAGAUUACGGAUUACAUCCGGCAGGAUCGUCCAAUACCAUUUGAUAGCAUUAACCCACACUGGAGGACUCUUGAGGUAGUACAAAAGUUGAAGAAUGAUAAAGUGGAAUUGAGUUGUGAACCAAAGUUUGAUCUCAUACUUAAGCGAUUCAAUACAUCUGAUUACACUACGCAGUUGGAAAUUCUGCAUAAGUUAGGAGAGAUUGCAGAUCCGCAAAGUAGUUUUCUCAUUGAGCCGAAUGUGAAGCCCAAUCCUCGAGGAAAGGGACAUAAGAAGAUAGAUGUAUCUACGCGUCGAAACCCAUGUGCAUUUGAGCUAGUUCAGUCCAGACAUGAUAGCCACUCACCUAUGGGCACCCAGAUCCCCACAGAAGAUUCUGUCAAAGUACAUAAAAAAGGGCCUGCCAAAGAGAAGGUAUAUCGGACUCGCACAAAUACAACCUAUUCAUAUGUUGAUGCCCUCCCAGUUGGAUUAAAGUCGUGCAUACAUCUUAUUAAGGAUGUAGAUGCCGAUGGGAAUUGUGGGUUUAGAGCUAUUGCUGGGUUGAUGGGGUUUAUAGAGGCUGAAUGGGGUCAAGUCAGGCGUGAUCUUCUACAGGAAUUGCACAUACACAUAGGCCAUUACACUCAUCUAUAUGGUUCACAUGACAGGAUUGAAGGAUUGACCUAUAUUUUAUCAUACUUUGAGCCAAAUCCAGGGUAUCACCGUUGGAUGACUAUGCCUGACAUGGGUCAUCUUAUUGCAUCUUGUUAUAAUGUGGUAUUGCACCACUUAUCUGCACAACAAUGCCUUACAUUCCUCCCCCUACGAUCAGUGCCAAUAUCACAAGUUCAACAGCGUGAGAUUGCUAUUGGGUUUGUUAAUGGGAAUCAUUUUGUCCAGGUGUUCAUGUUACCGGGUCAUCCAGUUCCAUCGAUAGCUACCAAUUGCUGCAAGUUUCAUCAUUCUUGUGCGGCUGGAUGGGAUACUGCAUAUAGUUGCCAAAUUGAGCAUUUUAAACAAGUUGUUCAUUCAGGGGUAGCUACUAGAGAGACAUUUGAUUGUAUUAACCUUGAUGAGUAA